AAAAAUUAAAUUUUGUUUGUUUUGAUUGGUUAUUUGAAAUCCUAGCAAAUUUACCAUGUCCGACGCGGAGAAUCCUCCCCCGAAAAGGUCUUCCGAAGACGUUGAACCAGAAGAAGACGAUGAGUGGAUUGGACCGCUUCCGUCCGCGGCAGCUCCGCCCAAGAAGCGCAAAGUGCUCGAGUACGAGAAGCUCUACCUGGAUAACCUGCCGAGCACGGAAUGUUACGAAAAGUCCUUCAUGCAUCGGGACGUCAUCACCCAUCUGGUGGUCACGCGGACCGAUUUUAUCGUGACGGUUAGCGUGGACGGGCAUGUCAAGUUCUGGAAGAAGAUGGAGCAGGGCAUCGAGUUUGUGAAGCACUUCCGGAGCCAUCUGGCUCCGAUCGUUGCGCUGGCCGCAAACCACACCGGAACUUACCUGUGCACGGCCUCGGUCGACAAGAACGUGAAGGUGUUUGACGUGAUUAACUUCGACAUGAUCAACAUGCUGAAGCUGGAGUACGUUCCGUCGAGUGCACUCGAGUGGAUCCACAGCACGGGCGAUGCGAUCGCGUAUUUGGCGGUUGCCGACCAAGACUCCAACAGCAUCUACAUCUACGACGGCAAGGGAACCAACGAAGCUUUGCACGUGCUGGAAAAGCUCCACUCCAAGCCGGUCGUCCUGAUCAGGUACAAUCCAGUGUACGAGCUGACCGUGUCGAUUGACCGCGGUGGCAUCCUCGAGUACUGGCUCGGUUCGCGCCACGACUUUAAAUUUCCCUCGAAGCUGGUCCACUUUGAGUCCAAGCUGGACACGAGCCUGUACGAGUUUGCCAAGAACAAAACUGUCGUCACGUCGUUGGCCUUUUCCGUGGAUGGGAAAAAGUUUGCCACCGUGUCGACCGACCGGAAGGUGCGCGUGUUUGGUCUGCUCAGCGGGAAGUUGCUGCGCGUGUACGAUGAAAGUUUGGCCCGGUACAGCGAAAGUCAGCAGCUGUCGCAGGCGCUGUCGAACAUGGAGUUUGGGAGACGAAUGGCCAACGAGCGGGACCUGGAAAAGUCCGACUCGUUCAGUUUGAUCAACAUCAGCUUUGACUACAGUGGGCACUUUAUUGUGUAUCCGACGAUGCUGGGAAUCAAGCUGGUGAACAUUGAGACGAACAAGCUUGUGAAAAUCAUUGGCAAGAAUGACAAUUUGAGACCGCUGCACGUGGCGCUGUUUCAGGGUCGCGUGAAAAACUCAAAGGCCGCGAUAACGCUGGAACACGAAGCGUCGGACAAUCCCACGCUGCAGUCGGUUAUGAACGAUCCGACGCUGUUUUGCACCGCUUACAAAAAGCAACGAUUCUACCUCUACAGCAGACGUUUGCCGUCGGACCUGCAGGACGUGGAUCGCGACGUGUUCAACGAGAAGCCCUCCAAAGAGGACAUCAUCUCCGUCACCGAAGGACAAGGUUCGCAGAAAAUCUACGACCACGCCGUCAUUCACACGACGAUGGGCGACAUUCACAUGCGACUCUUCGGCAAGGAAUGUCCCAAAUCGGUGGAGAACUUUUGCGUGCACAGUAAAAACGGUUACUACAACGGGCACAUCUUCCACCGGGUCAUCAAGGGCUUUAUGAUCCAGACGGGUGAUCCGACGGGCACGGGAACCGGCGGCCAGUCGAUUUGGGGCGGCGAGUUUAAGGACGAGUUCUGCUCGACGCUGAAGCACGACCGGCCGUACACGGUCAGCAUGGCCAACGCUGGUCCGAAUACGAACGGAAGUCAGUUCUUCGUGACGGUGCUGCCAACGCCCUGGUUGGACAACAAACACACCGUCUUUGGGCGCGUCCACAAGGGCAUGGAGGUGGUCCAGAACAUUUGCAACAGCAAAACGAAUCCCAAAACGGACAAACCGUACGACGAAAUUCGGAUAAUUUCAAUUAACCUCACUUAGAAAAAGACGUAAUCGAUUGUGUUUUACUAGUUCACCUAAUUCAUCUUAACAGAAAUAAAAAAUGUUCACUCAAUCACACAA